AUGCCUCAUGAAAAUGCCCCAGGGGUAGAUGGGUUCCCUAUUGAAUUUUUCACUAAGCAUUGGCAGGAGGUGGGGAAUGACAUCUGUGAUGCCACAAAACAGUUUUUUGCAACUGGGAAAAUGCAUAGAGGAGUCAGUAGCACUGUUGUGACCUUAAUUCCUAAGGUGCAGAAUCCAAGCCAUGUCAAAGACUACAAACCUAUAGCAUGUUGUACAACUUUGUACAAGAUAAUCACAAAGGUUAUAACUGCUCGAAUUAAGAAGGUCAAUGGAGAGCUAGUUGGGGAGUCACAAUCAACUUUCAUUGAGGGUCGUAGUAUCACUGACAACAUCCUCUUCACACAUGAAUUGUUCAAAGGAUACAAUAGGAAAGAAAUCUCCCCAAGAUGCGUACUAAAAGUGGACUUGAGGAGAACUAAUGAUACAUUAGAGUGGUCUUUCCUGGAAAGAAUAUUGUUAGAACUAGGUUUUCCUCAUAAGUUCACAAGCUGGAUUAUGGAGUAUAUUUCAUCAGUGUCAUACUCUCUAAAUAUUAAUGGUGGACUAAUAACACCUUUAAAAGGAAGAAGGGGGAUAAGGCAAGGGGACCGAAUGUCGCCCUAUCUUUUUGUUCUGGUUAUGGAGUAUUUACAGAGGGAGUUUGCACAAUUGAUGAAAAAUAAAGAAUUCAAGUUUCAUCCCAGGUGUAAAAAACUUGGAGUGGUGCAUAUCUGUUUCGCAGAUGACUUGCUUAUGUUCUGUAAGGCUGAUGUUCAGUCUAUUAGGUUGCUAAAGCAGACCUUCCUAAAGUUCUUUGAGGCUUCUGGUCUUCAAGCAAAUGCAGAUAAAAGUUCUGUCCAUUUAGCUGGUGUUUCAAAGGCUCAGAAGCAGGAUAUUUUGCAAGAGUUGGGGAGCACAGAAAAUAAAUUGCUGGACAGCAAGGCUACUUUCAUAUGCAGGGCGUGUACAACUGAUCAAAUCAGUUCUGUUUGGGAUUCAAUCAUACUGGGUACAUCAAAUGUCUCUAAAAAGGCCUUGGUCUCAUGGGAGAAAGUUUGUCUACCACAAGUUGUAGGAGGCCUAAAUGUGAUGAAUAUGGUAUAUUGGAACAAAACUGCUGUAGCAAAGCACUUGUGGGCAGUGGCAAAAAAGAAGGACUGUUUAUGGAUUAGGUGGAUUCAUACCUUCUAUAUAAAACAUAACAUGUUGGAGCACAUGCCAAUACCCAAGAAUGCAGCUUGGGUGGUUCGAAAAAUACUGGAAACAAGGAAAUUCAUUGGAGAAGUUCAAAGAAUUCAGGGUGAUCUUAUGAGCAGACUGGGACAAUUACAGAAGGGUGAAUCUUUCAGUAUCAGGAAACUCUAUAGAUUACAAUUCCCUCAACUCCAAAAAGUACCUUGGAAAGGUAUUGUUUUGCAACCAAAUUUACAUCCCAGAUUCAAGUUUAUUCUUUGGUUAGCAUUGCAAAGGAGACUAGCUACAGUUGAUAGGCUCUUGAAGUUUGGGGUUCAGAUUCCCCAACAAUGUAUCUUCUGUAAGCAAGCUGAUGAAGUAUUUGAUCAUAUCUUCUUUGAGUGCACUAUGACUAAAGAAUUAUGUCCGAGACUACUGAAAUGGCUUGGGCAUAGUAGAACUAUCCGAGAUUGGCAGAGUGAAGUGGUAUGGAUAAGUCAGUAUGCUACAAAGAAGAAUGGACAUUGGGCAAUUGUUACUUUUGUCUUUGGUAUGAUGAUAUAUACCAUAUGGAGAGAAAGGAACAAACUCAGAUUCCAGGGUGGGAUAACUAUUGCAAGCAGCAUUUGUAGAGAAAUAGCAGUCCAUAUACACACGAGGGGUCGAUUAAUACAGCAUUGGCAAGGAGCACUCGAAAAGCGUAACUGUUAUCCUUAG